UGUGUCAGCUGUAAUGCAUUUCAUUCUUUUCAUUUUGAAUUUACUGAGAACUGAUAAACCAAGGAAAAUUGAGAAUUGGUAAUAAACAAGUCAAUUAAUAAAUAACGAAAAAAAAUAGAAUCUUGGUAGGGAAUUAAAACCAUUUUCUUUGAAGCUGUAUAAAAACAAAACUUGUCCAAAAUGUCGACUAUGACCUUUGGACAAAAACAAUUCAUCCCUACACCACCUGAUAAAGGCAGUUUUCCCUUGGAUCAUGAAGGCAACUUAACCCUUAAACAAAUGAGAGCCCUUGUCCAAGACAUUAAGAAAAUUACAAUAGAAUUUGGGUAA